AUGGCGUCUCUAAAGCUGCUGUCCCUGUCUGCGCUCGCCUACUUUUCUUCGGCCGUGUGCGCCAAGACGUGUAUCGUGCCGGCAUCGAACAGCACAACGUCAGAUGCUGCUGUGAUCCGGGAAGUCUUCGCACGAUGCGCCGAGGACUCGACCAUCCUGUUCCAGAAGGGCGUCGAGUAUAAUGUCUUUGAGCCCAUCUCGGCGACCAAUCUGUCAAACGUCGUUAUUUCCGUGCAGGGCAACCUCAACCUGCCCCAGGAUAUCCCUGCUGUUCAGAAGAUUGUCGCGGCUGGUGGAGGCUCGGUUUACUGGUUCGAUUUCAAGGGCACCAAUGUCCAGUACAUCGGUGCUGAAGAUGUUACAACUGGAUGGAUCCGAUCCUAUGGACAGAAGUGGUGGGAUGCCAACCCCGCUGGCUCAACCGGUCUUGCCAGCCGCCCUCACUUGAUGAGGUUCCAGGCCACUAAUGGAGUUAUCAAGUACUUCAAGUCGUGGAAGCCCAUCGGCUGGAACGUUGCGGUCAAGGGAUCCAACAUCACCAUCUCCCAUGCCAUCGUCGAUUCGGUUUCGGAGAGUGGCAGCUUCCCCUUCAACACUGACGGCUUUGGAAUCGCCGCCACCGAUGUCACUCUGACCGACUCUGUCAUCUACAACGGCGAUGACGCCGUCGCCAUUACGGAUGGUGCCCACAAUGUUUUGGUCGAACGCACCACUGUUGGAUACCAGACCCACGGACUGAGCAUUGGAUCUCUCGGUUCUGAUUACACCAAAUUCGUCAACGUCUCUAACAUCAAGUUCAAUGACAUCACCUUUGCUGGUGGUCUUUAUGCCUCUCGACUCAAGUCAUGGACCGGUGGACAGGGCCUUGUCAAAAACGUCGAGUGGAGCAACAUUCGCCUUUUCAAUGUGACUUUCCCCGUCUUCAUCACGCAAACCUACUGGGAUCAGAACAAGGCGACCAGCGGCCGACCCACAGACACCGCAGUCAUGAUGGAGGACUUUACUUGGGAGAACUGGAGCGGUUCCAUUAACUCGUACAUGCCUGGUGAUGGCUCUUGCGCUUCCGAUCCUUGCUGGUAUGACGUCGGUCUUCCCAACCUCCAGCACAACGAGGCCAUCAUUCUCGAGUGCUACAACGACAAGUCUUGCAAAAACUUCAAGUUCAACGACAUUCGCAUUUACCCUCAGGAUUUGAGCUCCCCUUCGGUCAUCUGCAUGAAUGCAAAGGCGAGCUUGAACCCGGAAAUGGGUAUUGACUGCCAUAAUGGAACAUUCGUGCCCCUGUACUAG